GUAUUUAUGAUUAACUUGACAAUUUCUUCAUUUUUGACAACCAUUAUCAAAAAUUUUCGUAUAAACUUUAAAAAAAAUACUGUCAUGCGGUUUUAAUAGCCUAAACCAAGUGUUCGACAUGUCUUCAACAUAGCAGAAGUUUCAUCAAACCAAAAACUAUGACUUCCACCAGUAGCACCGAUAGCGAUCCCGAAACUUACCCCCUUGUAAGUAAAGAGUCACGAUACUGCUGGGUGUGUUUUGCGACAGAGGAAGAUGAUUUGGAAGCGUCCUGGGUACAACCUUGCAACUGCCGUGGCACCACAAAAUGGGUUCAUCAGGCUUGCAUACAAAGAUGGGUUGAUGAAAAACAAAAGGGAAGUAACUCGGGACGAGUUACGUGUCCUCAGUGCCAAACGGAGUAUAUAAUUGUGUUUCCCAAUAUGGGUUUGGUUAUUAUGCUGGAUACUGUCGACAACUUUAUAUAUAAAGGAUGCCCUUUCCUUGCAGCUGGUAUAGUUGUUGGUGCUGUUUAUUGGUGUGCCGUUACAUACGGGGCAAUUACUGUGAUGCAGGUCGUAGGCCAAAAAGAAGGUUUAGCUGUAAUGGAACAAUCUGAUCCAUUGGUUUUAUUAAUUGGUUUGCCUGCCAUACCAAUCGCUUUAAUCGUAGGCAAAUUGAUACGUUGGGAAGAUGCAGUCUUAAAUUUCAUGAGGAAAUAUGUCGCGAGAAUUCCCCUGGUUAAAAAUAUAUUACCUUUUCGUUUGGAUGUAGUGCCUAAUGUGACUAGAACAGAUAACGAUAUCCCGCCUUUGUCUGACCCAGUUUCAGCCACUAGAGUGCUUUGUGGUGCAUUACUGAUGCCGACAAUAGCCAAUAUCUUUGGAAAGUUUUUCUUUGACACAAUUAAAUCGAAUUUUCAUCGAACAGUAUUAGGCGGAUUGGCAUUUAUAGGCAUAAAGGGAUGUUUAAAAAUCUACCAUAAGCAGCAACAGUAUAUACGACAAUGUCAAAGGAAAAUAUUAGAUUACACCGCUACAAAUAUAUCUAACUUUAUGCACGGUAGCGAUCGACGAAACUAAGCAGUUAACACACACUUUGUUGAUAGAUCCAUAUUUGAAAAUAUAUUUUUUAAUAAACUGGGA